AUAGUUUGUAACCAUGAAGAAAACAUUGUUUUAUUUACUUACCUUUAGUGCAAUGACAGCAUAUACUACAUCGCAAAAUAUCUACGUUACUGAAUAUACAUCAUUUAGCGAAUAUAAGAGUGCAGUAAACAAAAUCUAUAUGCACACAUAUGAUGAGUUUCGCAGCAAAAGAGCAUUCGAGGAAAAUGUUAAUAUAGUGCGGCAGCAUAAUAAAUUAUUUCAAAAAGGUGAACGUAGUUAUCGCUUACGGACUAAUAUAAUGGCAGAUAUGAAUGGAUUGUCUUAUCUGAGAAAUUUUCUACGUCUAUUGCGAAAUAAAGAUUUUGGAAAUGAAAUUGACUUGGAAUCGGAUGUUGUGGCUUCAUCUUUAAUGCAGCAAACUCCAGAAGCGAUAGAUUGGCGUGAAAAAGGCUUCAAAACUCAAUCUGGUAAUCAGAGAACUUGUGGCUCAUGUUAUGCCUUUAGUGUAGCGGAAAGCAUCGAAGGACAGGUAUUUAAACGAACAGGACGUAUAUUGAACCUCAGGUGAGUAACCUUCUCGAAUAUAUACCGCAAAUUUUGCUCUUAGAGAAAAAUGUGCAUUCCUUAUAGUUGAAAUUUUCAUUAUCGUAUUUCAUGUAAAUUAGAAUAUAUAGGAUGAGUUUAAAAAGUGGGUGUGGUCCAGCGCUCUUAUAUGUUUCUCAUACCAAAGCUAUUUUUGGCUUAAAAUUCUGUCAGAAAAUCCUUCCAGACCUCUUUAACAUUGUGAAAUUAAUUGAAAUUUGUUGAUAACCUCGUCCGCUGGUGAAAACUACCAAAAAUUCGAUAGCGCAAUAAAUUAACGCGUCAGAAACAUUUAAUUUUACACCCAAGGUGGCCAACAUAAAAAUUGGACAAUAAGCAAGGCACCAAUUCCCUUUGGAUGAAAUCAUGUAUCUCAGGAACUGCUUGACCAUCUUCAACCAAGUUUGGUUAUGAUAUUUGAAGCUUUCGAGCUGUUGCAUAUGAUGUUUGCUGAUUCUCUGCUGAUGUGCAGAAUAAAAUGUAGUGUUGCCGAUUAUUUGUAUAAAUUGCAAGCAAGA